CAACAGCCAAGGACAGAGAAGACAUUGGAGUUAAAGUUUCGAGAUGUUUAAGCCGUGUUAUCCUUUGGCCGCAGUGCUCCUGUGUUUCGUCUUCGCCACAGGGCAGGUUGUGCCAAAUGCAGAAAUCGGUCGGAUUACCAUCCAAGUGCCGUUGCUGUCCAAUGGAAAGCCCGUGAUCGUGGCCGGUCAGGAUAGGGAGGAAGUGGCCACCGUGGAGGAGAUCAAGCCGGGAAAAGUCCAUGUUGUCCAGGAGGUGGUGGUACCGCCUACAGUAAAAUCGGAUAACAAAGUUCGCAUGGUCAGAUCUGUCUCGAAUUCUGGACAAUAUAAUCAAGCGAUUCCCAAUCGAGGAAUACCCAACGAUGGCAUCCCCAAUCCUGGUAUUCCAAACCAUGGAAUCCCGAACCCAGGCAUCCCCAACCACGGAAUACCCAAUCGAGGAAUCCCAAAUGAUGGUAUCCCCAAUCCUGGUAUUCCCAACCAUGGUAUCCCAAACCCAGGCAUCCCCAACCACGGAAUACCCAACCGAGGAAUACCCAAUGAUGGCAUCCCUAAUCCUGGUAUUCCUAACCACGGUAUCCCGAAUCCUGGCAUCCCCAAUCACGGAAUUCCCAAUCCUGGCAUCCCCAAUCCCGAAGCCUCCGAGCUUAUGCCUGUCGUGGUAAUGCCACCCAGCCCGACCACCACCGCACCCGCAUCCGCAUCCGCAUCACCAUCGGUGGCCAAGCGAGUGCCAAGCAGGAAUUGUCUCCAUCUUCUGAUGGGAGGCAUGACAACCAUGUCCCCAGCGGGCAUGACGACCAUGACGCCUCCACCGAUGGAGAGCUGCGAUGAGCUGUGCACAAAGCUCGAGUACACGCCAAUUUGUGCCCACAAUGGGAUCUGCGUCCAUGAGUUCGCCAAUCAGUGUGUGAUGGACACAUACAAUUGCAAACACCGGGACUCGGCUUUCCGUGCAGUGGAUGAGGAUGUCUGCAGGCUGGGAGUUUGUAUGAGGCGGUGCAAGAAGGAGGAACUGAAGCCGUGAAGUACCUCAAACUAAAAAUAUUAGUUUUUAAUCACCACACUAUCAUUUACAUAUGAAACAUAAUAAACAAUUACACAUACUUCAAAUUA